GCGUCGCAGUCUUAUCUCACAAUUCUUUUUACUAAGCGUCAAUAGAAUCAAGCCCACAUGCAAUAUAUAGGGAACUUUGACAUUGUAUUGAACUGAAAACUGAAUCGACGAUUAUCAAUAUCCUCCGCUGGCUGAAUAAUCAUCAACCUCUAAUCAUGAAUUCUGAUCAUAAUCAUGGUGACAGUUCAGCCUUUCAACAGCAUUACCGUUGUUACCCAGUUUCUUUCAUUGAAAAGUCCCAUCUGGAAAAGGGUGAUAAAAUUAUAAUGCCUCCUUCAGCUCUUGAUCGUCUUGCUUACCUACAGAUUGAAUAUCCUAUGUUAUUUGAACUGAGUAACCCCUCUGCUGGUAGAGUUUCUCACUGCGGGGUGCUAGAAUUCGUUGCAGAUGAAGGCCUUGUAUACAUACCUUAUUGGAUGAUGGAAAACAUGCUUCUGCAAGAGGGGGACAUUGUGCACAUCAAGAAUGCCAGUUUGUCUAAGGGAACAUAUGUGAAGUUGCAGCCUCACACCACAGACUUCUUAGGUGUAUCCAAUCCAAAAGCAAUCUUGGAGACAACUUUAAGGAACUACUCCUGUUUAACAACUGGUGAUACCAUCAUGGUUGCGUAUAACAAUAAGAAGUUUUACAUCGACAUAGUAGAAACAAAGCCCUCCGCAGCAAUUAGCAUUAUUGAAACUGACUGUGAAGUUGAUUUUGCCCCUCCUUUGGAUUAUAAAGAACCGGAAAAGCCAGAAAAGCCUUCCCUGUCUAACAAGGUGCCGCCAGAAGUGGAUGAAGAGCCAGCCAAGAAAAUACCGAAGUUCAACCCAUUUAGUGGUUCAUCAAGACGCUUGGAUGGAAGACCUGCAUUGCAGUCACCUCCAUCAACUUUCUCUCCUGUGCCCAAACAGCAGCAUAAAGAGGAUACUGGCGGGACAAAUGUUCUAACUUCAUCUGCUUCUACCUCACGCCAGUUUUCGGGGAAACUUGUUUUUGGUUCAAAUGUGGAAAAUUCUUCAAGUGGAAAACAAAAAGCUGCCUCAAAGGAGAACAAUGAAGAUUCUGUUCCGAAGGCUGAAGCAAAAUUCCAAGCAUUCACAGGGAAGAAGUAUUCACUGAAAGACUAAAUCUAGUUCCUCCAUUUGCUCCUUUGUUUUAUGAAUCUCUACUUAUUUUAGUUAUUUUCUGGAGUGAGGCAUUCCUUGGAUUCUGAAAAUCCUCUCUCGAUGCAAGUAGAGUUUCGUGAUAUUUUGGAUAAGCUGUAAAUUCAAUUGACUUGUACAUAAACCACGACUCUCUACUACUAUUGCAGCUCCAUAAAAUCCCAAAGGUUAGAAAGUACGAUAAUUCAAGUUGUGGAGCACAUAAUCUUCCUUUA